UUUAAUAUUUUGUCUCUGACGGUUUGAAAGUACAUGUAAUUUAAAAAAACAUUGAACACUUAAAAUAAAUCAUUAUAUUUUAAAUAAACAAAGUAAAUUAGAAUUUAAAAUGGCAGAAGAUAAAUUAAAAUGUGAUUUAUGCCAAUCCCAAAAAAAAAAUGAGUUAAAAUAUGGAAAGUUUUAUGUCAAGAAUAAACUGAAAGUUCAUUAUUUUUGUUUGCUUUUAUCUACUGGCCUAGCCCAAGAAGGAGAUGAUGACGAAGGUAUAUUAGGAUUUUUACCUAUGGAUAUACAAGCGGAAAAAAGACGUAUAAAACAAAAGAUGUGCAUAUAUUGUAAAGAAAAAGGAGCAAAUAUUUCGUGUUGCGAAGCGAAAUGUAAAAAUAACUUCCAUUUUAUUUGUGGGAUUAACAAUGGUGCCCAAAACCAUUUUCUCGAUACAUUCCCAUCAUUUUGUCACCAACAUGCUGAUAAUCCAAAAAAAUACAAAAAGAGCUCCAAAGAAGCUUGUUCUAUUUGUUGGGAAAGUUUCUCAAGAAAUGAACCACAAACGAUGGCUAUAUCAACACCCUGUUGUAAGAAUGGUUGGUUCCACAAAUGGUGCCUUCAAGAAUUUGCUAACAAAGCAGGAUAUUUUUUCAAAUGUCCUCUUUGCAAUGACACUUCUAUAUUUUCUAGAGAAAUCCCUAAAUCAGGAAUUUUUAUUCCUCAAAAGGAUGCAGAUUGGGAAUUGGAGCCGGGUGCUUUUGAAGACCUUCUAGUUCGUCCCAGUGAAUGUUCUGCUCGUCAAUGUGCUUGUAAAUCUGGAAGAAAUUUUACUAACGACGAGUUAUUUAAAUUUCUUUUAUGCCAAAUAUGCGGAGGUAAAGCUAUACACAAAUUUUGUCAUGUUGGAAAUUGGAAAAUGUCAGAUGAAAAAUAUUUAUGUUUAGAAUGUUCUGACAUGGUAAAUAAACUGAAUUUACAUGAAUAUUCAAAGGAUUCGGGUAUUGUUGUAAUUAACAAAAAUAAUUUUGAAAAUGAUGUAAUAAAUAUUGAAGACUCACUCGACAGCGACGAAAACUUAACAGACGAAGACAAACAAGUGAAUCAAAUUUCUUCAAAUUAUUUUUCAGAAGAUUUUGUGUUGUGUAACAGAAAUGAUAGUGUAGAAAAAAAGGGAAAAAGGCGUAAUCGAAAACGUCAAAAAAGGUAAAUCAAUUAUUUUGUUCGCA